AUAUACCUUAAAAAUGUAAACACACAUGUGUGAAGUGAAAUAUGUUGCAAUAAGUUUAUAAUACACCUGUGCUCGCAAAAAUGGGGAAAAAUAAGGCUAAAGGAAAUUUUGCUGGAUUUUCCAGAGAAGAACUUCUGGUUAUGACAGUAACAGAGAUUGUGAAUCAGUUAAUACAAGCACAUGAACAGAACAAAGAUGUUAAUUUAAAUAGACUCAAAUGUAAUGUAUCAAGUAAAUAUGGAUUACCAAGUCAACCAAGGUUGGUUGAUAUUAUAGCAGCCGUACCACAGCAAUAUAAAAAGGUAUUGGUACCAAAACUUAAAGCCAAACCAAUCAGAACAGCUAGUGGUAUAGCAGUUGUUGCUGUGAUGUGUAAACCUCAUAGAUGUCCACAUAUAGCAAUGACAGGAAACAUUUGUGUAUAUUGCCCAGGAGGUCCAGACUCAGACUUUGAAUACUCCACACAAUCCUACACAGGAUAUGAGCCAACAAGUAUGAGAGCCAUCAGAGCUAGAUAUAAUCCAUAUUUACAGACCAGACACAGGGUUGAUCAGCUAAAACAACUAGGACACAGUGUAGAUAAAGUAGAGUUUAUAGUUAUGGGUGGUACAUUUAUGAGUUUACAAGAUGAAUACAAAGAUUAUUUUAUCAGAAAUCUCCAUGAUGCUCUGUCAGGACACACCAGUAGUACAGUUGAUGAAGCUGUCAGAUAUUCAGAGAAGAGUAUGACAAAGUGUAUAGGUAUCACCAUAGAAACAAGACCUGACUAUUGUCUGAGGAAACACAUCAGUGACAUGUUAAAGUAUGGUUGUACCAGGUUAGAGAUUGGUGUACAGAGUGUCUAUGAAGAUGUAGCUAGGGAUACUAAUAGAGGUCAUACUGUUAAAGCAGUGUGUGAGUCAUUUCAGAUGGCAAAGGAUGCUGGGUUUAAAGUUGUAGCACAUAUGAUGCCUGAUUUACCUAAUGUUGGAUGGGAAAGAGAUAUAGAACAAUUUAUUGAAUUUUUUGAGAAUCCUGCAUUUAGAGCUGAUGGUUUGAAGAUUUAUCCUACACUAGUCAUAAGAGGAACAGGGUUGUAUGAGCUUUGGAAGACAGGAAGAUAUAAAAGUUAUCCACCCAGCACACUGGUAGAUCUGGUGGCUAGGAUAUUAGCUCUUGUUCCUCCUUGGACUAGAGUUUAUAGAGUUCAAAGAGAUAUACCAAUGCCAUUAGUUAGUUCUGGCGUGGAACAUGGCAAUUUGAGAGAAUUAGCCUUAGCUAGGAUGAAAGAUCUUGGAACUCAAUGUCGUGAUGUCAGAACAAGAGAAGUUGGUAUACAAGAAAUACAUCAUAAAGUCAGACCUUUUGAGGCAGAAUUAAUCAGGAGAGAUUAUGUGGCCAAUAAUGGUUGGGAAACAUUUUUAUCUUAUGAAGAUCCAGAACAAGACAUUUUGAUUGGACUAUUACGAUUAAGGAAGUGUUCUCCAGAUACCUUUCGGCCUGAGUUAAAAUCAGGCUGUUCUAUUGUACGAGAGCUUCAUGUGUAUGGUAGUGUGGUUCCUGUACAUGCUAGAGAUCCAACCAAGUUUCAACAUCAGGGAUUUGGCAUGUUGUUAAUGGAUGAAGCAGAAAGAAUAGCAAAAGAAGAACAUGGCUCCAGUAAAAUAGUUGUCAUAUCUGGUGUUGGGACCAGGAAUUAUUACAGGAAAAUUGGAUAUGAACUGGAAGGACCUUAUAUGACAAAAUCAUUGUGAAAAUGACAGAUGGAUUGUGAAAUAAAAUCUUAGCAAACUUUUAGGAAUGUUUGAGCUCUCAAAAAAUUCUUUAAAAAAUUCCUAAAACAUGUUUACAGAAUUUGUCAAAACCACAAACUAAAGUAACCAAGAAAAUACAUGUUUUACUUGACCCAAGGAAAUUGGCAUCAACAAAAAUAUAUGAAUCCACAGUAUUAGAUUAAUUUACAUUGAAAUACAUGUACACCUGUUUGAUGUUUUUUUCACUUCAAAUGAAAAUAUACUGUGAUUUUAAUCCCUAAAAUCAGAAAUCUGAAGCUCAUUGUACUGUUAUUUACUGGGCUGUUCCAGAAAUCACAAUACAGGGAGUUGGGGAUUGCAAGGCACUUUUUUAUGGCCAUCACUCUUCUAAUUGCAUUUUACUUUGCAUACAUAACAACACAAUUUGAACUUUGUGACCUGCCCCCACCCAUACAAAAAUCAUUAAAGUGCCUUCCAACCCCCUAUAUACUAUUUUCUGGAAUAGCCCUGAGAUAAUAUAUGUCUUUCAUGUAUAUCUAAGGUUAAUAAGAUUGUAAAAAUAUUCAUUGAUAUGUUACAUGCAAUAAAGUCACUCAAGUAACAAUGAGUGAUAGUAG